AUGGCGGUGCAAUUCCAGCAGGACUUUAACAAUGCCCUCCAACAGCCACAAGGGCUGAUUGGUCAGGAAUGGAGAAAGGACUUGCUCAAGAACCUCAGCGACGACGAGAGUCUGUCCGCUGCCCAAGAACUCUACAAGGCCAUUACGGGCCUGACGACUCAGGAGGAAGUCGAACAGACGGCUAGUGAAUGGCUUAAUAGGUGCAUUCAAGGCGUCUGCGAGCGCGCGUUCAAGUCCUUUGAGUCCAAUGUGAAUGAUUGGAUUGGCGGGCAGAUCAAGGACAAGGAAUGGGCCGGCGUGUCCUACAAAGAGUGGGAAGAUCGAAAGACGGAACUGCGCGAACAAGCAGAUAGUAACCAAGGAUAUCACGAAGAAGUCGACAAUCUCAAGGAGUCCAUCACGAAGCUCAAGGAUAAGAUCCAGGCGCAAGCGAAAGAGAUUCAUGAGCAGAAAGAAGAGGACGAGAUUACUCGAAGAAAUCAUGCCGACGAGGUGAGAGAUCUGAAAAAGUCUCACGAGACCGAAAAGGCCGUACAUCAAAAGGAACUCAACACUGCCAUGGAACAAUUAGAUCAGAAAGAUGCUGAAAUCAAGAGCGAGAGGGACAAGCUCGAAAAUGUCAAGCGGGACAAGGCCGAGUAUGAGCGUCAAUAUGAUACUAUAGAGAACGAAAUACGAGCGGUCAAAGACGAGCGAGACAGAGCCAAGGAGGAAAUGAAACAAGCUCAAGAUGCGGCUGACAAACUUCAACCCGUGCUCGAGAGGGAGCAGACACAACGCAAGGAGGCCGAGCAGAAACUCGAGGCUGAACGAAAGAGCCAUGAGGAUUUGAAGGAAGAGAUUCAAGAAGCAAAGACACGCAUCAACGAGCUCGAAAGACGUGCGCGUCGCAGUACAAGCCCCACCGAGUCUUCUUCCGAAUCUAAUGGGGGUUCAGCCCUGUCGGCUGAACUGGACGGCAUGAACAUGAGCAGCCCAAGCACCUCACCCACAGACACCAGCCCGGCAGCUAGCGACGCCGGGGGCUCACGGGAGGAGCGGCUACGCAGGGACUAUGUAAUGCCCAUACUGCGCCAAGUUGCCAACCACCGCGAAUUGAAGGAUUUUGAGCCCUUUGAGGAGCCGGUGGAAACGGUUGAUAACGAGAACAAACUUCUAGCGACCUUGGGCGCACUCGUUUCUCAUUAUGGCUACAACCAUGUCGAAAAUGAAGACGGGGCUGUCUUUGACUUUCCCUUCGAAGGCCUUCAGCAGUGGCUCGAGGGCAAGGAAAGAGCCGCAGGAGGCGCUGGAUCUGAGAGGGCAGUGGCAGACACUGUAACGACAAUCCAGAGUUCCUUUGAGGGAGAAAUUGCUCGCUUGCGGGGUCUCAAGGCCCAAAAUGCGGAGAAGCUUGACAAGGAGAUCAACGAUCUAAAGAACCUGAACUCCAAGCUCACCGCGGAUCAAUCCGCAUCGGAGGAAGAACUCAAGAAGCUGAGAGAUGCUCAUAGCCAAGCCCAGGGACAAGACACGGACAAGACGAAUCAGAUCAACGAUCUGACACAAAAGAUUGCCAAAUUCAACGAGAAACAAGAGUCGUCGAGCGAAGAGCUCAAGAAGCUACAAGAUAGUCGUGACGAGCUAGAAAACCAAUACAAGGUGGCUUCUCAGCAUCUUGACGGUCUCAAGAGGUUGAACAGCGACCUCAUCCAAAAGAUCAAAUCUCAAGAGGACGCAGAAAAGAAGGAGAAUGAGGACGACCAGAAGAAGAAGCAGCAGCAGGUUGAGGCUCUGGAGAAGGAAAUUGCUGAGCUCAAUGAGAAACACCAAAAGGCGAGCGACGCCUUCAAGGCUCUGCAAAACACCCACAACGAGCUCAAGAAGCAGAGCGAAGGCGCCAUCAAUGACUUGAAGAACCAGCUCUCCGAAUCAGAAUCGCAACAGAUUAGCGAGUUGCAGAAGCAGCUGGCUGAAUUGCAAAAGGAGCUGGAAGUAGCAGAGGAGGAUUUUGCAAAUUUGGUGGUAGAGAAUGAAAAACUUGCACAAGAAAACGGCGACAAGGAACAAGAAAAUUACGACGUGAUGGAUAAGUAUGAAGAUAUCCGGAGCGAAAAUAAUGACAGAAGGAAGCGACUUCAAGAGCUGGGAACGCAGCUCGCUGACCUCACUGCUAAAGAAGAGUCAUUAACCAAAGACUUUAAUGAUCUGAAGAAGAAGCAUGACGACUUGCUACUCAGAUACGCCAACAUCAAGGCCGAGAACAUGUCAAAGACAGACGAGAUUGAAGACUUGCAGAAGCAGCUCGAGCAGGUGAACGUCCGACAAAAGUCACUGGACCAGGAGCUCGAGGAUUUGAAAGGCAAUCAUGAUCAAAUCUCUGGCGAUAGCGAUGCAAAGGACAAGAAGAUUGAAGAAUUGGAAUCUACAGUCCGUCGGAUCACAAAUAAUUCCAAGAAAGACUGGGUUGCUUUGAGCAGGUUGCAACAUCAACUCAACGAACAGACGAAUGAAUGGCGCUUGCGGGGCUCGGCUUAUGCACAGCUCCAUGAGGAAUGGAAAGAGGCAACAGCUCUCCUAGAAGAGGAAAUUAGCGACCUCAAGAAGAAAGCCGAGACAGGAGGCAACUUUGAUGAUUGGUACCAGGCAACAUCUAUCCUACGAAAGGAGAUUAGCGACCUCAAGAGAAAGCAAGAUGAGACGGCCGCCAGUUACAAUGCCUCGAAAGCCAGUCAACAGAAGCUCGAGGAGAAGAACAAGGAACAUAUUGAGAAACUCCAAGAAGAAAUUGCGCAACUGAAACGAGAAAACAACCAGCAUGUCUAUGGUCCAGAGGUCACCGAAAUGCAGAGACAGAUGAGCGCCAAAGCGAUCAAGGAGUUGAAAGGCCAGGCUAAAGAGAUGGAGGAUGAGAUCGAAAAGCUGCGUGGCACACGUUGGAGACUUCAAGAGAGGGUCAAGGUACGGGUAAAACAGUUAAAGGAAGAGGAAGACAAGGUCAAGAUAUUGGAAGUCACGAAUCAGGAAUUGAUUAAAAAGAACGAAAAGCUCGAGGCCGAGGCCGAGGACAACGAGGAGCUCCAAGAAUCCAGGAACCAGCUGAAGGAGGCUCAAUUCGCACUGGAUAGAGUAAAGCGCAAGGAGGCUCAGCUUCGGGAUGAGCUACGCAAAAAUCGGGAACAACUCAAAGAGCAGGAGCUGUUGGGGCAGACCGAAGAUCAACUCCGGGAGGCGCUCCGCAAGAGUGAGGAGCUGCUCAAGGAAAAGGAGCAGCUGAUCGAGAAGCAAAAGCAAAAUAAGUCUGCAUCAUCGGACGCAAGACCGGUCGAUCCAGACAUGGCAGCCCGCGUGGAAAUUGGACGGCUCCUGCUCCGGUACUACCGCGCGAUGCAGGCCGCCAUCGCAACGUACAAGACCAAGAAGCGCCGCAUGAUCGACGAGGGUAUGGCGCUCAACCCGGGCUUUUUGGAGGACAUGGAUGUCUCGCUCGAGGCCGACCGACGCAGACUCCAAGAAAGACUCGACGCGGCUCGGACGGAUGCCGCCGCCGUGUCCGGACCUCCUUCUGAUGAUGCACCAAGACAGCAGAUUGCCAUUCUCGAGCGCGAGCUGGAAAAGUAUGGCGGCAUAAUCAACGAGAUCAAUGCAGGCAACACAUUGGCGAACGAGGCUUUCGAGAUAUCCGCCGUGGUUGAACUUUCACCACACGCUGCAGAUGCCGAGAGGCUCUUUGAUGAGCGCCAGAAGACCCGGGCCGAAACGGAAACGGAGACAUCCCCGGGAACUGCGCUCACGGAACCGCGCACACGAGGCGGAGCGGAUGCGUUGGCCGAGACAUGUUGCUAUUGCUUCCCAUGCACCCCGUGCGACUGGCUGAUUUGGGUCUUGGUCGCGUCCAUUGCCUUUUUCAUAUUUGCCUUUGUCUCCCAGCAGCGACAAAAGGCAGAGUGGUCCGAGGCCAAUGCUCUAUCUCGAUCACUGUACAUUGUUGACAGGAACUACAACAAUCCGACCGCCUGGUGGCAGAUUGCCAUCUUUGUCCUUCUCAAUAUCAAGGCAUUUUACCUGAAAUGA